AUGGUGCCGCCGCCUCCUCCGAGCCGGGGAGGAGCGGCCAGGGGGCAGCUGGGCAGGAGCCUGGGUCCGCUACUGCUGCUCCUGGCGCUGGGACACACGUGGACCUACCGAGAGGAGCUCGAGGAAGGCAACAGAGAAAUCUGCUCAGAAAGCAAAAUCGCGACGACCAAAUACCCGUGUCUGAAGCCUUCGGGAGAGCUCACCACAUGCUUCAGGAAAAAGUGCUGCAAAGGGUAUAAAUUUGUUCUUGGACAAUGUAUCCCUGAAGAUUAUGAUGUUUGUGCUGAGGCUCCUUGUGAACAGCAGUGCACAGAUAACUUCGGCCGAGUGCUGUGUACUUGUUAUCCAGGAUACCGAUAUGACCGGGAGAGACACCGGAAGCGGGAGAAGCCGUACUGUCUGGAUAUUGACGAGUGUGCCCCCAGCAACCAGACGCUGUGUGCACACAUCUGCAUCAACACUGUCGGCAGCUACCACUGUGAGUGUCGCGAGGGCUACAUCCUGGAGGAUGAUGGGAGGACAUGCACCCAGGGAGACAAAUACCCCAAUGACACUGGCCAUGAGGAGAAGUCUGAGAACGCAGUGAAAGCUGGGACUUGCUGCGCCACGUGCAAGGAGUUCCACCAGAUGAAGCAGACGGUGCUGCAGCUGAAGCAGAAGAUUGCCCUGCUCCCCAACAAUGCUGCUGACCUGGGCAAGUAUAUCACUGGUGACAAGGCGCUGGCCUCAAACACCUACCUGCCAGGACCUCCUGGCCUGCCCGGGGGCCAGGGUCCACCCGGCUCACCAGGACCAAAGGGGAGCCCAGGCUUCCCUGGUAUGCCAGGCCCACCUGGGCAGCCUGGCCCGCGGGGCUCAAUGGGGCCAAUGGGACCAUCUCCUGAUCUGUCCCACAUUAAGCAAGGCCGGAGGGGCCCUGUGGGUCCACCAGGUGCACCAGGAAGAGAUGGUUCUAAGGGGGAAAGAGGAGCACCUGGGCCCAGGGGGUCUCCAGGACCCCCUGGUUCUUUUGACUUCCUGCUGCUUAUGCUGGCUGACAUCCGCAACGAUAUCGCUGAGCUACAGGAACAGGUGCUUGGGCACCGGACUCACUCUUCAGUGGAAGAGUUCCCUUUACCUCAGGAGUUAUCCAGCAACUCAGAAACCAUGGACUUGGGCUCUGGAGAUGACUCCCCAAGAAGAACUGAGGCAAGAGACUGGGGAGCCCCCACAGGCUUUUAUCCAUAGCACACCCCAACAUUUUCAGGCCAAAGGAAGAGAAAAGAGUGUUUUGUCCUGCAGUUAAAUCAUCUAAAGAAGAAAAAAUCACUGGAGACCUAGAAAAGACACAUUGUUAUUUUCUUUACUCUUUUCCUGCCUUCUCCUUACUCUUCUUCUUCCAAAUACUGUUUUCAGAGUCCCCUAGUAGACCUACUAGUGACAUGAUGUAGUAAGUGACAUGAUGGAUUUAGACACUUUCCAUUGAGAGUCAGCUGGGGUGGUCCAUGCUGGGACUUUUCUUUAGCGUCUUAUUUUUUUAUGAACCUCUGAGUUAAGUCCUCUCACGUGGUGUCUUAAAAUUUGGCAGAAUACCAAAAUGGAAAAAUAACAAGAUGAGCUCUAAGAAAAUGUGAGGCUACAUCUAAAAAAUAUAGAUAUGUGUUUGAAAUAGACUAGUACUCCUCUGGUACAAAAUUAGGGCUCUUCAAUUAAAAAGGGGUGGGGAGGACAACCAUGUAGCUUUAUCUUGGUGGGUAAUUCUUUUUACUUGUCAAUCUAAUAGAUUUAAAUAUUCUAUCCUCUUAGCCAAUUUUGUUUCCCAAAUUUGGUUAAAGAACGGAGAGAACUAAAGAGUGGAGAUUAGGGAAGAUAGAGAAGAACUACAGUCAUAUAUUUACUCUCAUAUAGGUUGCCACAUUUUAAAAUUAAAAUACAACGAUUAAGGAUUCAGGCCACACUUAUCUGUAAGAGAAGAAAGUUACUCUAUCUGUUGGAAUAGAUCCUCUUUUCAAAAGACAGUAAGGUUAAAAAAAGAAAAGUCAGUAAGGGAAUGAAAUGCCCCAAUUCACAUUAGAACAAUAGAUUCCUGGCUUGCCAGGAUAUUUUAAAGCUGUUUGAUCAAAAGAGAGGGCCUGCUCUAAAAGUCACAGAUUUUUUUUUUUUAAUGAAGAAUGAGUUUUAUUCCUCAGUGAUAGACGGAGUAGUUCAAUUAGGAAGAAUCCAUAAUCCUGUGCCUAUAUACAUCAAAUAACACAGACUCAGAAUACAUAAGGCAGAAGGAGGAAAAAUAUACAGAUAACUAUAAAACUUUACAAUCAGGGUUAUUAAGUCUAAACCCUUCUGUGAGAAACAUAGAUCAAGCAGAGAAAAUAAGGAUUCAGUAAUUUGAAAAACGCAUCUAACUAACAAGAUCUAGUGAAUUUAUUUAUUAGCAUUGCCACAAUAAAUAGAGAAUGUACAUUAUUUUCAGAAAAAGUCCCAGUAAGUACCAAAGAAUCAGUGCCCUACAGGUUAUGUUCUCUGACUACAGUGCAAUAUAAUUAGAAGGCAAUGCAUAAAAUAAUGAGGAAAAUCUCUUACAUGAGAAAAAUUGUUUUAAAUAAUUCAAAGAAGAAAUCAAAUGAAAAUUACAAAAUAUUUAAAACUGCAGUGAAAGACUAUAUCACAACUCAAGGACACAGCUGAAUAUAUGAGUGACAUUUAUAGGUUUAGGAAUAUAUUAAAAAGCCAGCCAGAUUGAAAAUUAGUGACCCUUAGAAGUUAAAAAAAAAAAAAAAUUCUAAGGAAGUAUGAUGUUUGGCCACAAUAAAAAUUUAAUAAUUCUAUUAAAUUAAUAGAAUGGGAAACAAAAAUAAAAAUCAAUAAAACCAAAGCUAGUUUGUUAAAUAAGGGUGGCUGACCCUUAAGAGGCCAGUGAAUCAAUGAAUCAAUGUUCAGUGGGGCUCAAGGCUGGAAAGUGGUUGCUGUUUGGGGUUGUUGGCAAAGGAGAGGGGGAACCUUGGGCAGGGACCCCACUAAAGACAAAUCAGCAGAGUCAGGUAGUUUGCUCUCCUUGGAUGUCAGAUGUCCUUGUUUGGGGCUGGCCAAUCUUGCCGACAUAUUGAGAAUAGUAUAGUAUUGAAAGUUCUUUUGGAUGGGAAGAGAAAAACAACAGUGGUUUUCCUUGUUUGUCAGACAUGUCCUUCCUCCUGUUCCCAUUUUUCCUUAAUUUAGUGCAAGUUCCAGUUCUCUCCUAAGCAAUGUGGGAAGCCAUUCAGAAAGGGGUAUACUUCCCAACCUCACGCAGACUCAGUGUUUUUUCAGAGCGCAUCUGGGUCCCAGAGGGAAACGUGUUCCUGACAAGGCUUUCUCCAGGUUCACAGGCAUCAGGAGCAAAAGACCAAGGGAAUCUGCUCCUUCUUAACAUUGUCGGGGGGCCUCUUGUUUCAAUGGGCAGCUUAUGGGCUUCUUAGGUCCCGCUUUCUCACUGGACACAAAACAUGGCUUUUGACCCACUGAUUCAGGAAAUUUCACCUCACAUGGAGCUUCACAAAUGAUCAUUCUCACAGUCACGUUUGCUCCUGUUGAGUUUCCCAUUUCCCAGCCUGCAGUGUCCCCUUAUAUUUCUGAUAGCUUUGUGUUUGGCUUUUUCCCCCAUCUCCUUCUAGCCUCCAUCCUUUAACUCCCCUACCUUGAAAGUUGGUUUAAAGAAAACCACUAUGGUGGUGUUUGUAUGCCACUUUUCCAUCUUUGUCCUUGAGAACCAUAGGAGGGGCUCUGUUGGCAAAUUUCGAGUGGCAAUAGCCUUCCUUCUCUCUUGAGGGACACAGUAUUUAAAGGGUGUGGAUGGAUGAAUGCUUAAAAAAAAAAACCAUGUACAAGCUCUAUGAGAGACGAUUUGGUUCAUCUUUGGCUUUCUAAAAAAUGAGGAAUUUUAUUACCUUUUAUUUUUCUUGCCAAUGAACACUGUGUUUAGAAAUGUAGUUUUUAUUGUCAAAUGUUCAUAAAAUGCAACCAAACUACAUGUUUGGCCAUCGGAUAGGAUAAUAUAUUUAAAGAAUGAAUUAAAAGUACUAAUACCUGGGAUUCAUAAGACUCUUCUAGACAGUGUUGUCCAACAAAACACACAAUAACCUGUAUUUUGUAAUCCUAAUCUGCUAAACCAGGUCAAUUUAGAAAAUAAUUAUUAAUCCUCAGAUUUUCAAAACUUGGACUACUACAAGGCUAUGUAUAUAAUCUAUAUGCACAAAUUAUAUUUUUCAAAGAUAAGACAUCAUAAAGCAUUGUUAUUUCUAAUGUAUCUUUUGGUUAUGAAUAGAAAACCAAUGCUUCAUUGACUGAACAGGAAUUCUGCACAAAACCCAAUGAGAAAGCCAUUUUUAAUUUGCCACAGUUUUACUAAGAUACUUCAUGUUUUAUGGGAAAAAAGAUUUUUGUUUGCUUUGCUUCCUCAACCCAUUAGUAGAAAUGUUGACUUCAAUUUUUUGCACCCUCCUAACUAGGACUUAGAAUAGGACUUCAUAAGUUGCCUCUGGUUUUGCAAAGCAAUGGGAAUAAAAAAUAUGUUGAGUAUAAGGAGAGCAUGCAUUUUAGUUUAAGAAAACCCCUCUCCCUUCCCAGUUCCAGAGGGAGAAAUUAUAAGCUCUACUAUUUCAAAGAAGAGUGGGGUACAAAGAGGGGGCUGCCUUUUCUCGCCUUCUAUGUUAAUUCCCAGCUCCAGUCACAGGAUUGGUUGACUACAUGAAGUCUGCUUCUACUGUUUAAACUCAGGUGUGUUCAUAGCCCAACAGGUAAAUAAUAAAUGCUCAUUGGCAUUGGGGGGAAAAAGCGGUAAGUAUUGCCCCACCACCAACCAGGUGAAGAGCUCCCUGGUCUGGUCUUGCUCCCUUUCCAAGGUUCAUAUCUGUGUUGGCCUGUGAGCCCCAUUUCCCAGGCAUGCAGGGGAAGACCUUGUCCACAACUAGGCAUCAGGCAUCACCCUGGGUUUUUAGGCAUCAACUCCUCCAUCAUAUUUUGGGUGUCCCUCCCUCUCUUCCCCCAUCCCAGCCUGUCCCACAGAGACAGCCACAGCAGCCUCAUUUUGCAAACUUAACAUCUUUCAGAUAACGUUUCUGAAAAGGAAAGUUAUUUGCAGGAAUCUGGGCCAAAAAACUAGUAGAAUAGAGCCAUCAAAAGUUAUUAAUAAUGAAUUCAAGGAAAUAGAUGAAAUUUUUCCUGGCACAGUCAACAUGUGUAUUUCACAAUAAAUCAGAAAAUGAUUUUCCAUUUGGAAACCCACACAGUGACCAUAAUUGUUAAAGCAUAAAAUCUUGCUUGGACUUUACAUAUUGCUUCAAUGUUACUGCUUUAGGAAACUCAUAGAAAGGGAUCCUUUCGCUCAUCCCCCAGGGAUCUAGCAUUCUUUAUUAAAUUACAAAGCAAGAGCCCUGGGGAAUUUCAUGUUAUCAUGAGGUUGUUUUGAUUUCCCAGUGACUAAUCAUAUACUACAUUAGCUCUGUCAUUCAUUAUUUAUAACAGGUCCGUAUAA